CCAAAGUAACGCGUUUGGUCGCUAGCUUCACUCAGGUCUGAGAGUUGGUCAGUAAAGGGAUACAGGAGAGCUUUGUGAAUGAUUGCUAAAUGCUGCGUUUACAUUUUUAGAUAAACUAAACGCUCUGCGAUAUUAUCUAGUAUUUUAAAUCUCGUAAAUUGCAAGUAGUAUUGAACAUACUUCGUUAUAGUUAAUCCGGAGGUAAAAUCCGACUCUAGCUAUGGCUGGCAGUAGCAUAGCGAUGAAAACAUGGGAGCUGUCAAACAGCAUGCAGGAAGUUCAAAGUAUUGAUGAAAUAUAUAAGUAUGAUAAAAAACAACAACAAGAGAUUCUGGCAGCCAAGCCGUGGACUAAAGACCAUCAUUAUUUUAAAUACUGCAAGAUAUCAGCUUUGGCACUGUUGAAGAUGGUGAUGCAUGCCCGAUCUGGAGGAAACCUAGAGGUGAUGGGACUUAUGCUGGGGAAGGUGGAUGGAGAGACCAUGAUCAUCAUGGACAGUUUCGCUCUACCCGUGGAGGGCACUGAAACGCGAGUCAAUGCUCAGGCUGCAGCCUAUGAAUACAUGGCUGCCUAUAUAGAGAAUGCUAAACAGGUGGGGCGGUUGGAGAAUGCCAUUGGAUGGUACCACAGUCAUCCUGGAUACGGCUGCUGGCUUUCAGGCAUAGAUGUCAGCACUCAGAUGCUUAACCAGCAGUUUCAAGAACCCUUUGUCGCAGUAGUGAUUGAUCCCACAAGGACUAUAUCCGCAGGGAAGGUCAAUCUUGGAGCGUUCAGGACAUAUCCAAAGGGUUACAAGCCUCCAGAUGAGGGUCCAUCUGAAUACCAAACUAUACCACUUAACAAGAUUGAAGACUUUGGAGUGCACUGCAAACAGUAA